GGUUUUAGAGGCGCCCAUUUUAUUUUGCGGGGAGACGUCAUUUCGAAAGCGCGUUCCCCGAGAAAGCUCUUUCAGUGGGCGCUUCUCAGAUCCCUUUGCUCAUUUUCGUUCUUGUCGGAAGAAGAGGGUGUAGCGAGCGUGAGAGAGAGAGAGAGAUGGUGGCGGCGGAGGAUGACCGGAGUGGGGCGUCGCUACCGAGCGCGGCGUGCCCGGACGCCAGGAAGCGGAGGGUGUCGUACUUCUACGAGCCGGGGAUUGGGGACUACUACUACGGGCAGGGGCACCCGAUGAAGCCCCAUCGCAUCCGCAUGGCCCACAACCUGGUGGUGCACUACGGGCUGCACCGCCGCAUGGAGAUCAACCGCCCUUUCAUGGCCACCGCCGAUGACAUUCUUCGCUUCCACGACCCCGACUAUGUUUCCUUCCUUUCAUCCGCCACCCCGGAGACGCAGCACCACGAGCACUCCCGCUAUCUCAAGCGUUUCAAUGUCGGUGAGGACUGUCCUGUCUUCGACGGCCUCUUCUCCUUCUGUCAGGCCUCGGCCGGCGGUUCCAUCGGCGCCGCCGUGAAACUCAACCGUGGCCUUGCCGAUAUCACCAUCAACUGGGCCGGCGGCCUCCACCAUGCGAAGAAGAGCGAGGCAUCCGGCUUCUGCUACGUCAACGAUAUCGUCCUCGGUAUCCUUGAGCUGCUCAAGGUGCACAGGCGUGUAUUGUAUGUGGAUAUAGACAUUCAUCACGGAGAUGGGGUUGAAGAAGCAUUUUACACUACUGACAGAGUGAUGACCGUAUCUUUCCAUAAAUUUGGUGACUAUUUUCCUGGGACAGGGCAUAUAAAGGACACAGGAUAUGGAAAAGGACAAUACUAUGCAAUGAAUGUCCCUUUGAAUGAUGGGAUGGAUGAUGAGAGCUUUAAAGGUCUGUUUAGGCCUAUCAUUCAAAAAGUUAUGGAGGUUUAUCAACCAGAGGCAGUUGUUCUCCAAUGUGGAGCUGAUUCACUGUCUGGAGACAGGUUAGGAUGCUUUAACUUGUCAGUGAAAGGACAUGCCGAUUGUCUUCGUUUUCUUAGAUCUUUCAAUGUCCCAUUGAUGGUUUUGGGAGGCGGUGGGUAUACCAUCCGCAACGUUGCCCGCUGUUGGUGCUAUGAGACUGCAGUUGCUGUAGGAGUAGAACCUGAAAAUAGACUGCCAUACAAUGAAUAUUAUGAAUACUUUGGUCCAGACUAUACUCUUCAUAUUGCACCUAGCAACAUGGAAAACCAAAACUCACCAAGAGAUCUGGAGAGAAUGAGGAAUGUGUUGCUGGAACAUCUAUCAAAAAUUGAACAUGUACCUAGUGUGCCAUUCCAUCAUACAGCUCCUGAGACAAAUCCUCCAGAGGAGGAGGAUGAGGAGAUGGAAGAAAAAACUAAAGCCCGUAUAUGGGAUGGAGAAUAUUAUGCAUCAGAAUCUGAAGAAGAGCAACACUCUAAAAACCAUAAUUCCGCUGCAGUUGAACAGUCUGUAGGAAAGCCUGAUGAAAGAGCACUUGCAACAGAUGAUAUAGCACCGGCAAAUCCAGUAAAAAAUGAAGAACCUUAGAAGGAGAGUUGAUUGGAGUAGCCCUUGAUUCAGUUAGAAUUGUCAUGAAUCCUUGUCUUGCUGUAAACGUUGAAAAUCCAGGACUUGGUAGAAUUCGGUGGUAUCUUCCUGUUUACCAAAUCUUCCGAAGGCAGUUGACGCCUGUUUCUCUCUCUUAUUCUGAAGAACCAUGGGGAAGUGUAGAAUGGACCAUUGCCAGCAGCAUACUGGACCUGGGAAGAGGAAACUCGUCAAUGCACAUCGAAGAUGCAGACAGGGUGGGAGAUUGACUGAACUUGAGCCUGGUUUCAGUGAUCUAUUGAGACUGGGUAACACGUGUAGACUUAAAAUAUGCCAGUGAGGCUUGUAGAGUUACUUUUGAUCUCAUCUAUAGAAAUAUAAAAGCUCCUUCAAAUUCCC